UCUCAUUCGGGUAAUUUCGAAGAGGAACUGCAAUGGGUUUGAAGACGGGGAAGAUGGGAAAGAAGUUGAAAUCAAAAGUAAUUUGACACGGGCGAGUCUGUUGCAUUCGUCUUUCUUAUUUGGUGUGUAGGGAGACCCGUCCAUCUAAGAGGAGACCACCCUCUCCUGCACCCACCUGUGUGUCUAUGGACUUCAACAAAUGGAGGAGUUUGUCUCUGAGGGGAGACCACCCUCUCCUGCACCCUCCUGUGUGUCUAUGAAGAGUGAUGCCUCCAAGGAUCCAACAGGCAUUAAUUUCAAAGGACCAGACUCUUCACUUCAACAGAUGGAGGAAUUUGUCUCUGAGGGGAGACCCCCCUCUCCUGCACCCUCCUGUGUGUCUAUGAAGAGUGACCGGUCCAUGCCUUGCUUCAUUAAUUUCAAAGGACCAGACACUUCACCUCAACAGAUGGAGGAGACUGUCUCUGAGGGGAGACCACCCUCUCCUGCACCCACCUGUGUGUCUAUGAAGAGUGACCGGUCCAUGGAUCGCGACAUUAAUUUCAAAGGACCAGACUCUUCACCUCAACAGAUGGAGGAGUCUGUCUCUGAGGGGAGACCACCCUCUCCUGCACCCACCUGUGUGUCUAUGAAGAGUGACUGGUCCAUGGAUCGCGACAUUAAUUUCAAAGGACCAGACUCUUCACUUCAACAGAUGGAGGAGUUUGUCUCUGAGGGGAGACCACCCUCUCCUGCACCCACCUGUGUGUCUAUGAAGAGUGACCGGUCCAUGCCUCGCAUCAUUAAUUUCAAAGGACCAGACUCUUUACCUCAACAGAUGGAGGAGUCUGUCUCUGAGGGGAGACCACCCUCUCCUGCACCCACCUGUGUGUCUAUAAAGAGUGACCGGUCCAUGGAUCGCGACAUUAAUUUCAAAGGACCAGACUCUUCACCCAAACAGAUGGAGGAGUCUGUCUCUGAGGGGAGACCACCCUCUCCUGCACCCUCCUGUGUGUCCAUGAAGAGCGAUCAGUCCAAGGCUUCAGGCAUUAAUUUCAAAGGACCAGACUCUUCACCCAAACAGAUGGAGCAGUCUGUCUCUGAGGGGAGAUCUCCCUCUCCUGCACCCACCUGUGUGUCUAUGAAGAGCGAUCAGUCCAAGGCUUCAGGCAUCAAUUUCAAAGGACCAGACUCUUCACCUCAACAAUUCAUGCCACAGAGAUCACUGUCAUCUGCACAGAGCUCGGUGUCAUUGAGGAGUGACAGGUCAAAAGAUGGUGCUCUUCCACACUUCCGUGAGGAUCCCAUGUCUUCUUCCCAAGGAAAGCCAAAGAAAGGUACCAGUGUUCAGCAUGAACAGGAGAGUCUAACUCAUGUAUUCCAGGUGAUUGAGAAAAAGAUCAACACAUUUGUGAAGAAUGAGCUGCAGAGAUUUAAGAUGAUUCUUAGUCCAGAUUACCAAGAAGACUUGAAUAGAAAAGAUGAGGAUGAGAGUGAUGCCAGAGAUGGAGCUCUCAAGAUGGCACUGCACUUCCUAUGGGAGAUGGAGAGAACAGAUCUUGUUGACAAACUGAAAGAACAUGAGCUGGAUGUACUUUGUCGUGCUGAAUUGAAAAGACAUCUCAAGAACAAGUACCAGAGUGUGUUUGAAGGAAUACCCAUCCAAGGAAACUCUGCCCUGCUUGACAAGAUCUACACAGAUAUCUACAUCACAGAGGGAGGAACUGGAAAAGUAAAUGACGAGCAUGAAGUCAGGCAAAUUGAGUCCAUAUCCAAAAGAUCAGUUAGAAGCAAGAAACAAAUGAAAUGCAAUGACAUCUUCAAGCUCUUACCUGGUCAAGACAUGCCAAGCAGAAGAGUCAUCACAAUGGGGGUGGCUGGUAUUGGUAAAACCAUCUCCAUUCAGAAGUACAUCCUGGACUGGGCUGAGGGAAAAGACAACAGAGAGAUCCACUUCAUUUUCCCAUUGCCUUUUCGGGAGCUCAACCUCAUGAGAGGCACACAGUUCUCUUUGAUGGGUCUCCUUCACCACUUCUUUCCAGACCUGAAGCAGUUAACCAUUGACAGUCAAGAGAAGUAUAACUUACUGUUCAUCUUUGAUGGUCUGGAUGAAUGUCGACUCCAACUUAACUUUCAGGAGAAUGAAAGUUGGACUGAUGUGACAGGUGUCACUUCUUUGGAUGUUCUCCUGACAAAUCUCAUAAAGGGAAAUCUGCUUCCCUCGGCUCUACUUUGGAUAACCUCCCGACCAGCAGCAGCCAGUCAGAUUCCACCUGAUUGUGUUGACCUUGUCACAGAGAUCCAAGGAUUCGAUGACACACAGAAGGAGGAGUACUUCAGGAAUAGGUUCAAUGAUGAGAGUUUUGUAAGCACAAUAAUGUCUCACAUUAAAUCAUCAAGGAGUCUCCACAUCAUGUGCCACAUACCAGUGUUUUGCUGGAUCACUGCUUAUGUCCUUGUGGUGAUUCUUGGCUCUUCAGAAAAACGUCAGCUUCCAAAAACUUUGACAGAGAUGUACACAUAUUUCCUGAUUUUCCAAACAAAACAGGCAAAUCAAAAGUUUGGCAAUGUGCAUGACCUUGACCGACAAUGGAACAAGAAUCUUAUCCUUGAUCUUGGAAAGCUAGCCUACAAACAGUUGGAGAAGGGAAACGUGAUCUUCUAUGAAGAUGACCUGAGAGAGUGUGGCAUUGAUAUCAAAGAAGCAGCAGUAUUCUCUGGUGUCUGCACCCAGAUCUUCCGACAGGAAUCUGCAAUUUCUCAAGCAACAGUGUUCUGCUUUAUCCACCUGAGUAUCCAUGAGUAUCUUGCAGCUCUGUAUGUCUUUCUGAGGAUGGCACGCAAAAGGGAAAAUGUGAUCUCCAAACACCAGCGUUGGGAACAGCUUUUUGGAAUAGAAUCCAUGACCACCGUACACAAGAAUGCUGUGGACAAAGCUCUGGAGUAUGAAGAUGGAAGGUUUGACCUCUUCCUCCGGUUCCUUCUUGGUCUUUCUCUUGAGUCCAACCAGACUCUUCUGCAUGGCCUUCUGCAGAGUGGAGAGAGGCAUAUUGGAAAUGCUGAAACAAUCAGUUACAUUAAGGACAAGAUCAGGGAGCUUCCUUCAUCAGAGAGGGUGAUCAACCUCUUCCACUGCUUGAAUGAACUGAAAGACCACUCCUUGGUGGAGGAGAUCCAGAGCUUCCUCAGGGCAGGGACACUUUCUGAAGCCCGGCUCUCACCUGGCCAGUGGGCAGCUCUAGUGUUUGUGCUGCUGACAUCAGACCAGAAGCUGGAUGUGUUCGACCUGAAGGAGUAUGCCAGAUCUGAUGAAGGUCUCCAGAGGCUGAAGCCGGUAGUGGAGGAAUCCAACACUCUGAUACUGGCAGACUGUGGCAUAACAGGUGUAGGAUAUGCUGCUCUCGCCUCAGCUCUCAAAUCAAACCCUUCACAUCUGGAGGAACUGGAUCUGAGAGGAAACGACCCUGGAGACUCUGGAGUAAAGCUCCUUUUAGAAUUACAGCAGGAUCCUGCCUGUAAACUUCAGACACUGAGGCUUGUUAACUGUAGAAUUACAGAAGAGGGCUGUGCUGCUCUGACUUCAUCUCUGACAUCAAACCCCUCACAUCUGAUGACUCUGACUCUGGAAAAGAACAAACUACGCGAUUCUGGAGUGAAACAGAUCUCUGCUCUACUCAGGAAUCCAAACUGUAAACUACAGGUUCUGGGGCUUAAAGGCUGCAGUAUGACAGAAGAGGGCUGUGCUUCUCUGGCUUCAGCUCUGGCAACAAACCCCUCACACCUGACACGUCUGAGUCUGAGUGAUAAUAAACUUGGAGACUCUGGAGUGAAGCAGAUCUCUACUCUACUCAGGAAUCCAGACUGUAAGCUACAGAGCCUGGGGCUUAAGGACUGCAGUAUUACAGAAGAGGGCUGUGCUGCUCUGACUUCAGCGCUGAUUUCAAACCCCUCACACCUGACAGAGCUGUAUCUGAAUAAGAAUAAACUUGGAGACUCGGGAGUGAAGCAGAUCUCUACUCUACUCAGGAUGCCAGACUGUAAACUACAGAUGCUGAUGCUUCAGUCCUGCAGUAUAACAGCAGAGGGCUGUGCUGCUCUGACUUCAGCUCUGAGAUCAAACCCCUCACACCUGAGAGAACUGAGUCUGUCAUAUAAUGAAGUUGGAGACUCUGGAGUGAAGCAGAUCUCUGCUCUACUCAGGAAUCCAGACUGUAAGCUACAAAAAUUGUGCUUGGAAGACACUGGGAAGUAG